CAAGACUGGAUUUUUAUGUCGGAUUCUUAAACCUCACCCCAAUCAUUCAACCUUUUCCUACUUAAACCCUCCAAAUCUCAACUGGGUUGCCACCAUUUUUACUCCAAACCCAUCAAAAUCUUAUCUUUGUUGCACUCUAAACAACCCAUCAUGGCUGACCCUCAUUCUACGACAGAAGACCUCCCACCACUCCACCCCAACUCCACCACAACCCCUCUCCUCGAUUCUAACCAAACCCAUCAACCAGAAGAACAAUACCUCGAAAUCAAAGACACCCAGUUGGAUCACACCCUCCAAAAGCUUGAAGCUUUCCUCACUCUGUUGGGUUUCGAUCAAUCUUGUGUUCUCAGCUUUGUUCUGUCUUGGUUUGCUUUCUUAGUCAUCGGAGUAGUACUUCCUGUGCUUGUUCUUGUGAUUUUCAACUGCUCGAAUUGCGAAAAGUACCAGAUUGAGGGGUUUGAGCUUGUCAUUGUGGGCUCUCAGGCUUGUUUGGCUGCUGUGUCUUUGCUUUGCUUAUCUCACAAUCUUCGAAAGUAUGGCAUUCGGAAAUUCUUGUUUGUUGAUCGAUAUACUGGCCAUAUGGUUCGGUUUCGAGACGCUUACAUUAAUCAGAUUAAGGGUUCUUUUCGGUUGCUAAUUUGUUGGUCGCUGCCAUGUUUGCUACUAAAGACUGUACGUGAAGUUGUCCGCAUGCUAUAUGUCCAACAUGAUUCAUGGUGGCUGUCGAUUUGUAUUUUAUUGGCUUUUGUUCUAUCAUGGACAUAUGUGAGCACAAUCACCCUCACAGCCAGCAUUUUGUUUCACUUGGUCUGCAAUUUGCAAGUAAUCCACUUCGAGGAUUAUGGUAGGCUCUUGGAAAGGGAAUCUGAUGUUUUGGUAUUUAUGGAGGAGCACAUUCGUCUGCGGUAUCAUCUCUCUAAGAUAAGCCACCGGUUUCAGAUCUUCCUGCUUCUGCAAUUCAUAGUUGUGACAGCAAGCCAAUUUGUGACUCUAUUUGAGGUCACUGGAUACAGUGGAAAAAUCACGUUUAUCAAUGGUGGUGAUUUUGCAGUCUCUACAAUUGUUCAGGUAGUGGGGAUUAUUAUAUCCCUGCACGCAGCAACCAGAAUAUCUCACAGAGCCCAGGCCUUAGCAUCACUUGCCAGUCGAUGGCAUGCAUUAGUAACUUGCAGUUCUAAUGAUUCAUCUCAUCAUAGAUAUUCAAACAGUACGGGGAACUCUGAGGUUGCCAACACAAUUAACUCACUGCAUUUAAGUUACUCCGAGAGUGAUCUGGAGUCAUGUGAUUAUGUUUCAAUGCCUUCAAAUACACAGCUGGCGUCAUACAUGUCAUCAUAUCACAGGCGACAAGCUUUUGUAAUGUAUUUGCAAACUAAUGCUGGAGGGAUCACAAUUUUUGGAUGUACAGUUGAUAGAGCCCUCCUCAACACAAUCUUCUUCAUCGAACUAUCAUUGAUUACCUUUGUGCUUGGCCAAACAAUAGUUUUCUCCUCGACUUAACAGGUGCCCCUUUCUUACCGAACCACUCCAUAGUAGGACAUUGGCCGAUGAACAAGAAAUUAUGGAUUACAGCCACAAUUCUUCGGUUCAUUGUUUACGGCCACAAGGCUCGAGGUUUGCCUUUCCAUCUCUUCGUUUGUUUCCCCAUCACAUCCAUACGAAGCUCUCUGCAUUAUCAUUUGGUUCACAGAUAUUUCCAUCUUCUUGUUUGAUAUACAAUCCAAAGGCCACAGAGAAAUAGGAAGACCCUGCUUUGCUUCUUGUAAAAAUUAAAAUAAGAUACCCAGAGUCGGGCUUCUUUUGUUUAUGUCAGUAGCUGUAGCCAUCAUAUGCUCCUUUGUAUGAUAUGAAACAGGUUUAAUGAAUUCUAGUCAUGGUUGUACCUGGUA